AUGGCCAUGAAGGCCGCGAACCCCAAGCCCUCCUCGGAUGCUGGAGGCAGUUCGUACGGGGGGUUUGGCAAUAUUAAGAUCGCAACAGAGAAAUUGGCCAAAGAGCAGGCUCCAGUGAAGGUUGGUCUAGAAAUUGCGCAUACCAAACUGAGAAGAGCAACAGAACAGAAAGACCUUUUAGAGGGAAAACUUCAACAAGCUGUGAAUGAAAAUGCAAAGCUUAAGGUGAAGCAGAAUGAAGAUUCGAAGCUCUGGCAGAGGAAGAUACAGAGGAAGAAUCUCCGCAAGAAUUCUGACAACCUGGAUGAAUUCAACCGCCUGUUGCAUAAUUUAUCAACAAAACUGGAGUGUGCAGAACAAAAGAUCAUUUCAGAUUCAGGGAAGCAGGAGAUGAUGCAGAUCAAACAAGAAAAAGAAGAAAUGGAUCGAAGUUACAAGGAACAACUGUAUUCAAAUGAUGUAAUCGAAAAAGAAAAUAUGGACAGGGAGCGGCCUUUAGUGAACAGGGAUACAGAAAUGCUGCAUAUAAUACUGAGAAGAGCAACAGAACAAAUAAACCUUUUAGAAGGGAAACUUCAACAAGCUGUGAAUGAAAAUGCAAAGCUUAAGGUGAAGCAGAAUGAAGAUUCGAAGCUCUGGCAGAGGAAGAUACAGAGGAAGAAUCUUCGCAAGAAUUCUGAAAAUCUGGAUGAAUUCAACCGCCUGUUGCAAAAUUUAUCAACAAAACUGGAGUGUGCAGAACAAAAGAUCAUUUCAGAUUCAGGGAAGCAGGAAGAUGAUGCAGAUCAAACAAGAAAAAGAAGAAAUGGAUCGAAGUUACAAGGAACAACUCAUAUAAUACUGAGAAGAGCAACAGAACAAAUAAACCUUUUAGAAGGGAAACUUCAACAGGCUGUGAACAAAAAUGCGAAGCUGACCUUCGAUGAGGAUGAGAAGAAGUUUUUCUAUGAGAUACUUGGGAAGAAUUCCACAUGUUUAGAUGAAUUCCAAUUCUUGUUGCAUGAUUUAUCAACAAUCCUGGAAUAUGAGAAAAAUUCAGAUUCCCUCAUCAAGAAGUUGGCUUCAGUUGAUGAAAAUAAAGCAAGCUUGAUAUGUCUGGACUCCUUGCUAUGCAUGAAUCCAUAUCUGAAGCUAAAAGAUGAUGUUGUCUUUGGAUUGAAAGAAAUUCUAGAAAGCACGGGUUGUGGAAAGUACAACUUGGAGCUUAGCAGUCAAUGUUGCAGUUUGGAAUUCAAAAAGCUUGCAGUGCGGAAAUCUGCCACCACAACAGAAUGGCAACUUAAUGAGGUAAAAAAGAAGUAUGAUCUUAUGGCUGAAGGUAAUCAGAUAGAGCUACAGAAAUACUUGAAAGAGAUUUCUCUAAAAAAUGGCCAGGUGAUAACUGGUAUCUGUAAGUAUUUUGGAUUAGAAAAGACACAAAUAACUAAUGCUGAAAACCAAAAGUCAGUGAAAGACUGGUGGAAUGAAAAAAUAUCCAUACUCAUGAGCUGCUCACAGCAUUUUGAGAAGGAACAUGGCACAAUGGUGUCAAGAAUUCAUCAAGACAAGGAGCAUAUAGAGUCGACCUUAUGGGCAUAUCACAAAGAAGAACUGCAGCGCAUUCACUCUCAUGCUGAGAAUGAUCUGAGAAAGGAAUACUCUGUUUCAUCGAUCGAGAGGGGACAUUCCUAUGGAAGAAAAGAACAUGAGCUCCAGUUGGUGACAAGUAAUAUGAGGUCAAUCCAUAGUACACCUUACAUCAGUAAUUCAAUAAAGAACAAAGCUUCAUGGUUCAAAAAGAAAAAAAGGAACAAAGAGCCAAGUGAUCAAAACUAUCCUGGAAAUACUGCUACAGUUAUUUUAAACCGGUAUGAUCUGAAGGCAACCCAGCACAGCUUCAAAAUAGCUAUUAGAAAAGCUAGAGCAUGGUGCCGAGCAAACAGCAAGGUGUUUGACCUGUCUGCCCACUUUGGGCCAGGAGCUGAAGUCUUUACUACGCCUGCUGAUGGCACAUUUCAUUUUACAUUUGAAUAUGAUAAGAGAAGGUUGACCCUAUUCCUUUAUGGCCCUAAUUUAUAUAUGAUGGGCUGGGAUGGUGAUAGAUAUGGUAUGUUUGAGAUCGAGAAGAAUUUCAUACCAGACAAAACCUGCAGAUACCUUGACACAGGGUUAAAUUAUCAUGACUACUGUCCAGGUGGCAAAGUAGGGAUGGUAAGAAUUGGCCCAGAUGCCUUGAUUGAGAAAUUUGAUGUCUUGCACAAAUGCAAUGGGGUGGUUACUGCAGACGUGCUACGGUCUAUUGCUGUAUUCAUUGUUGGCAGUUCAGAACCAAUAAGGCUUGAAGAUGUUUUCGAGGAGUAUCUUUUUUCCUUUGAUACCCGCAAAAAUUACUUGCGGACUUUGGAUGGAAGAUCACCAUUAUCAUCUUCGGUAAGGAAAUAUGGACACCGGUCAAAAUUGUUAUUGAAAUGUUUGCAUCAGAUUCUUGGUGGAGACCCAUGUCGAGAGAUCAUGGAUCCCCGGGAAGGAAGGGUCGUAUCUGUCCAUGAGCUAAGGCAUAAAAUUAGAGUUCCUCUGCUGGAUUCUUUUGAUGAAGGUGAUUUCAAGCAUGACAAACCAAAGAAACCAACCUGGUCUGCUCCUUAUCAAGAUGGCAAAGACUGGUCAGAUACAGUACUAGAGGAGGAGGAGGAUAUAAAAUACUGGCCACAUGAAAAGGAUGAGGAGUUAAAAGACUCAGAAUGUGAAGACAAUAUGGAACAAGAGGAGGAUGAUAUCAAGGUUCGAAAAGCUGAUAUGAACCCUUUACCAGCAGUGAGAGGUAGCAUAUUGCGCUUUUCUACAGCCAUAGCCUCCAGUGGUAGCGACUGCAUUGGUAAACCUGGACUUGUCGAGGGUUUAUGCUCAGGUGGACUGAAUGGUGUAAAUCUGUACCAGUCAUGUGCGACAGCCUUUGGUAGAACUACGGGCUUUGAGAUCAAGCAAAAUACAUUUUGGCGCCCUCAGGGACUUUCUGGUUGGAGAAAGGUCCAAAUGGCGACCAGGUUUCUUAAAAAAUUCUUAUAAUGUCACCAGUAAGAAAGCUUGCAACUGGAUGUAUGCUAUUUGCAAGUGUCUGGACCUGAGCUGAUACGACUAAAGACGCUCCGAAUGUGUUUCAGUCCGUUGUGAAGUUCUCAGUAACGUGUGCGCUGGAAGGAAAAAGCAGAUUGGAAGUACCUCAGUGGUUUAAGUGGUUUGAGGUGUAACUUUUGUCAAUUUUUGACACCAAGCAUGAUGAUGAAAUCUGGAACACAAACUUUGCCUUCACCGUGUUGAAUCAAUAAUGCUGCGGUGUACUGUCCCUAGACUUGACAUCUGUCCAUUCUAGUGUUCAUAUGACUGUUGUUCGUUGAUGUAUCUGAAGAUUGCUACUAUUAUUGUAAACAUCACGUUUGCUUUGAUAUGUUGGAGUGGAUUUGUAAACUGAUCGAUCAUAAUAACUAAAUAACCUC